UCUCUUUAUUCUUGAUUACUUAUUUUCUUGGUCCUCUCACUCUCUGUCUCUGUCUGUCUCUGCCUCUCUCUCUCCCUCAUACAAUUUUGUUGUCAUGAAAGCUGAGCAACCAUGUUUGUGAUGAUAUGAUAAUAAAACCAGUUUUCAUCAUCAUCAUCACCACCGCACCAACGAAGAAAUAAACCACGUUGACAAUCGAGGUUUAUUCCAAGACCCAUUUCCCCAGGUCGAUUUUCACACGUGGACCUUCUUCAACCUAUUCUCCUCAAGAUGGAUUCUCUUUGCUUUGAUGACAACAAAGGAAACACUGAAAUGAAAUCUGUUGAAGAAGAUCUCCAUGGUGUGGAUGAUAAAUUUGGAGAUCCAGAAGUGCUCCCUCGCGUUGGAGAUGAGUACCAGGUAGAAAUUCCAUCACUAACUGCAGCACCUUAUCUUUCUCAGCUUGCAAAGAAGACAAAAGAUUCAGAAAUCAGGGUCAAUGUGCCAGAGCCUUUUUCACUAGGAUUGCCCAUACCUAUUAUGUGGGCACAUUGCAGUUUUGGUUGUGAGAAUUCAGAAUCUGUCACAAGUGGAGAGGGGAAAGUUAGUUCUGAGCAUGAAUGUACAAAAGUUAAAGGGGGAAAUUUGGGAGGAUUUUCAAAUUCCCAAAAUUCUUCUAAAAGUGAUGAGACAGAUAUUGACUCAUGCAAGGGACUAAAAACUGAACUGAAUCAGCCAAGAGGCAAGUAUCUUCUCCCUGGAUUGUUGGAUGACCAACCUUGGACAGAUAUUGAAUAUGACAGUUUUCUUCUUGGCCUCUAUGUAUUUGGGAAGAACCUUAAUUUGUUAAAGAGAUUUGUUGGGAGUAAAAAAAUGGGAGACAUAUUGUCUUUCUAUUAUGGGAAGUUUUUCAGGUCUAAAGGGCAUUCCCGAUGGUCAGAGUGCCGGAAGUCAAGAACAAGGCGGUGUGCGCAUGGCCAGAAAAUAUUCAUGGGAUGGAGGCAACAAGAAUUUCUGUCAAGAUUAUUUUCUCACGUGCCAGGAGAGUGUCAAACUCUAUUGGUUGAGAUUUCAAGGAAUUUUGUGGAGAAAAAAAUACUAUUUGAAGAAUACAUAUUUGCGCUAAAGGAUGCUGUUGGAAUUGAAUUGCUUAUAGCUGCAGUAGGUAUUGGCAAAGGGAAGCAUGAUCUCACUGGCACUGCUGUUGAGCCAUCGAAGACUUAUCACGUCUCUGUUCGCCCUGAACUACCCAUCGGCAAAGCCUGCUCCUCUCUUACAUCUGCAGAUAUAAUCAAGUUUCUCACAGGAAAUUUUAGAUUAAGCAAAGCCCGAUCCAGUGAUCUCUUUUGGGAAGCUGUUUGGCCUCGCCUUUUAGCAAACGGUUGGCAUUCUGAGCAACCUAUGGAUCAAGUUGUUUCUGGAUCAAAACAAUCUUUGGUUUUCCUCAUACCUGGUGUUAAGAAAUUUUCAAAGAGGAAACUGGUAAAAGGUAACCACUACUUUGAUUCUAUAAGUGAUAUGUUGAAUAAAGUAGCUUCUGAUCCUGGGCUUCUGGAGACAGAAAUUCAAGCAACUGAGGGUAGUUCAGAUGGGGGAAAAAGGCAAGACAAACGAGAUGUAGAUGGUUUGCCGAAUGGGCAACAAUGUCAUUACCUUCAAUCUCGUUCAAAGUGCAAUGAAGAUCUCGCGAAACUCACAAUUAUAGAUACAAGCAUGGUUCAUAAUAUGGAUCAACGGAAAGUGAGACAGAUGAGAAGCUUAUCUUUUCAAACCAUGAGUAUAUCUAUCAUCUCAAGCUGCUCUAGUGAAUCUGAGCGAGAUACAUCUGAAGACUCUGAAGAUCAGCUUGAACAAGCUAAUCCUUCAAGCCCUAUUGUAGAUCAGGUUGAACAAGCUAAUGCUUCAUUUACUAUAGAACAUCAGGUUAAACUUGCUAAUUCCUCAAACCAUGUGGAAGAAUUCCCUGAUAAGGGAAUGAGCAUAGACUCAUCAGAGUGUACUCACAUUCCCGAGGCCCUCAACACCUCCAAAGUAGAAGCAGAAAAUCAUAAAUUUUAUUCUGAUCUUGUUCAUGAUGAGCAUUCAAGGGAGAUCAAUGCGAAUCACUUGAUUCAGAAGAUGACAUCUGAUUGCACACAAUAUUUUCCCUGCGAUGCAGAAAUGCAGAAGCUAAGAGCUUGCAACCAUGGAGAGUCUAGCCACAGCACUGGAAGUACUUCUGUCGAAAGAAAGUUUGAUUUAAAUGAACCGGUGUCACCAUCAGAUCUGCUUGAAGCAUCUGAAGACAUGAUUUUUUCUGUGGGUUUAGAAAAUCACACAAGUUCUCAGGCUAAAGACAGUGUCACUGAGAACCACAUGGUUGGAGAAGUUUCUGCAGAAAAUUCUGAAACCAGGAUGUUGAUUGACUUGAAUUUUCCUCAGGUUUCACCUGAAUUUGGUAUUGACUUGGAAAUUCCAUCCUCACAAAAUGACAACCAAUGUGCAAAUACAUUGUCCUCUCAAUCUGAGAUAACUCAGCUCAAUGCUAUGCAUGAUUUUCCUGAUGAUAAUAAGGAGCAACAAUCUACUAUUGUCAACCGUCGCCAGAGCACAAGGAACCGGCCAUUGACUACAAAAGCCUUGGAAGCUCUUCAGUACAGAUUUCUCAACUCAACAAAGAGGAAGAGGAAAAACACUGAAUCUUCAGAGAAUAAUUCAAAGUCUCAAUGUUUGUGUGUAAAUAGUGGGACAAUUAUUAGUGCUUCUUGUGAUAACAGCAUUGGAAAUUCUAUUGCUGACACGAGCGGAGGAGGAGAAUAUUAUCAGGGGAUGGAGCUGUAGCAUCGAUCUGAAUAGAGGCUCACUAUGAUUUGUGAAGAGGUUAAGCUAGCUUCUUCUUGAGGGGUUUCAAGUUCAUAGAAUUUCUGGUUUUGAGGUUAAACUGGGUAUAAUUUCAUUGUUUCAAUUGUAUCCAUAAACCAUAACUAUACAUGAAGAUCAUAGCUAUCAGUCUAUAUUCACUUA